AGGAAGGCUGACGUUUCGGGUCUGGACGUCAGCUUUCCUGCUCCUCUGAUGCUGCUUGGCCUGCUGUGUUCAUCCAGCUCCACACCUUGUUAUCUCUGGUUCACUGCAGAUACUGAAGCAGCAGGAUGGAGGGAGUAGUGUAGAUACUGAGAGGGUGCUUCCCCUGGGAGGGCAAUCUGGAAUAAAGAGGGCAGAGUGAGGGGAGUCUCCAAUUUAAAACGCAGUGGAGGUUUUUCAUCUGUCAAGGGUUAUAGACCUGAGGAAAUUCCUUCCCAGAAACCUUGUAUGUAUUCAGAUUAUUGAGAGGGUGAGAGGGUUGGGGGACCAGAAGGAAAGGAGAGAUUAGGCCACGUUCGGAUCAACUAUGCCUUAUUGAAUGGCAGAGCAGGCUUGAUAGCCCCAAUAGCCCAUUCCUGCUUUUCUUUAAUGCAGACUGUGGUGGAGGCAGAUUAAUUUGUGGCAAUAAAAUGGAUACUGAAAGCAUCCUUUUUUUGAAUUAUUUGAGAAAGUGACAAGGUUAUGGGAUUGGGUUGUGGCACUUCUGAAUUGUUCCUUCAGAGAGCCAGCACAGUCAUAGAGCUAAAUAAAAAACGAAAGAACUGCAGAUGCUGUAAAUCAGGAACAAAAACAAAGUUGCUGCAAAAGCUCAGAUAACAAGGUGUAGAGCUGGAUGAGCACAGUGGGCCGAGCAGGAAAGCUGAUGUUUCGGGCCUAGACUCUUCAGAAAUCUCUGCUGGAAAAGCUCAGCAGGUCUGGCAGCAUCUGUGAAGGAAACCACAGAGUUAACAUUUCAGGUCUAGUGACCCUUCCUCAGAACUGAUAGUGGCUGGGAAAACAUCAGUUUAUAUUGCAGAGAAUAGGUAGGUGGGUGUGGUAGGGAGUAAAUGAUAGGAUAGAGCCUGAAGAGAGAGAAAGACAGUUGGACAGACAAAGGAUUUGCUAACGAUCAGGCUGGGAGGGUGAAUAGUUGUUAAUGGGGACUGUUAGUGACUGACAACAGGGGGUGUGUAAUAGCAGGCUAUGUGGUAACAAGGCCUGGUGUGUGGGGUGGGGGGCUGGGACAGGGGAGAGUUUAGGCCCUAAAAUUAUUGAACUCAAUAUUGAGUCCGGAGGGCUGCAGGGUCCCCAAGCAGAAAAUGAGGUGUUGUUCCUCCAGCUUGCGUUGGACUUCACUGGAACACUGUAGCAAGCCAGAGACAGAGAUGUUGGCCAGGGAGCAGGGUGGUGUGUUAGAGUGGCAGGCAAUAGGUAGUUCAGGAUCUUUUUUGCGAGCAGAACAUAGAUGUUCUGCGAAGCGGUCGCCAAAUCUACGCUUCGUUUCCCCAGUGUAGAGGAGACCACACUGUGAGCGGCGAAUGCAGUAGGCUCGAUUCCGGAAAGCGCAAGUGAAGUGUUGCUUCACCUGGAAGUGAAAUGGUGCAGGAUGAAAGAUGAAGAAAGAAGAACAUUGGGGACUCUCUCACUAGACUGCAGGCUGACACCUAUGUCGUGGAAUUACCAGAUGACAGGAAUUCUGCAGAUCUAUCAGAACAUCUCUUUCAGAAGACUGUUUCACUUCCCUCAAGUGUUUGCAGCAGAAGAUCUCGGAGGGCAGGAUGGGAAGCUUCCUGCGUGUAUCGGCAGUCCCCAGGCCCCUGAAACAGGGUGGGACAGAAUCCAGGAGCUAUUUGUUCGCAAUGAGUUGAAAACUUAUCCAGAGGAAAUAACCAACAUCUGGAAGAGUGUCAUCGUAGCUGCGUGUUUUGGGAUGUUGUAUGGUGGAAUUCCUGCUGCAAGGCAUGCUAAAAUCCGUUACAUUGAGCAGAGUCAAGCUGAGGUAUACAAAAAUCGCUUGGAAGCUGUGAGGUCAGCACAAAAUGCCGCUGUCCGGGGCUUUGUUCGUUACGGGUGGCGAUGGAGCUGGAGAGUUGCUGUGUUUGUAGCAAUAUUCAACACAGUUAGCACAGGUCUGUCUGUGUAUCGUGAUCAAAAUCUUCUGAGGCACUACUCUGCAGCUGGAGCAAUCACAGGAGGACUAUUCCGAAUGAAUCUUGGAUUGGGUGGACUCUUAGCAGGCGCAGCCAUUGGUGCUGUGAUGGGGGUUCCAGCUGGGGCAUUGAUCCUGGCAAUGCAGAAAGUUAGUGGAGAGACUGUCAGAGAACGUAAACGUAGAGAACGGCGAGAGAUUUAUGAACUUAAGUUGGAAGAAUGGAAAGCCAGACUGCAUGUGACAGAAGGUUUAAUUGAUGAAAUUGCUGGAAAAGAUUCAAUGGAAAAUGAUUUGGAGAAAUUGGAAGAGCUGUUGAAUCAGCCCAGAAAUCCAGAGUCUUCAGUUAGAGAAAAUCUGACUGAACAGGGGAAUUGAGAAGAAAUUUAUAUGAAUGAUACCAACUGUCGUAGACAUCUUGAGAAAAUAUUGUCUGAGCUAGCUAAUGAAAAUUACGUUCUUGAUGUUACUAAAGAACAGUCCAGUCAAAGUAAAUUCCUGGGCUGAACUGAUAAGCACUAGGAUACCUGGAAUUUGCUGUCUUGUAUAAUUAUGAACAUAUUUGACUACUUGUAUAUUGAAGAUGUCCAGUAGGAUUUGUGUUUGUAAUAUUCUCUCUCACUGCAACAUUUUGAAGACUUAGAAAAGUACUGUCUUUGAAAAUGAUAAAUCAGUUGAUCAAAGUUGCACCUUCGUUGUUGGAAUUGUUCUAAUGUGCUUUUGCUGAAUUGAAGAACAGAGUAAAUUCAUAACAAACCUCAUUCAGUACUCAUUCAUAACUGAUUGCUCAGCAAAUUAACUUGGCUGGAAGUUCCCUAUCCCAAGAAAUUAGCUAACCAUUUCUCAUGGCCACACAGAAUGACUAAGAUUAGAAUCCUAUCUCAUGGUCCUUGCUGGACAAGUUCACUAAAGGACCUGAUACCACCCAGCACUUGUCUUGUAUAUCAAUGACUGGAGUUUAGUUUUUGGUUUUGAUAUAUUUUUAAUAUAGAUUAAAAUCUUGACAUUAAUUCCUGUCAAUGACUAUGAUUGAAUACAGCAAAAGAGAAGUUUGUACCACCCAUUAAAACAGUGUGUUGAAAAAGUGAGCAGUGCGAAUGAAACACACAUGAAUUUGAGAACUUGAAUUUUAAACUUGUAUUGAAAACACAUUCUGAUCUUCCAAAAUGUUAUCAUUGUGCUAGAAAAGAGUGUAUUUGAGCUAAUAUGAUCAAAUAUAAAUGAUAACGUGUUUUCUUGUGAAACCAAGUCAAUGAAAGACAAAUUCUGAUCACUGCUGACUGAUUUGUAGUUGCAAUAAAGUCUUUUGAAUUUG